GUGGCACGUGACCGCACCCAUCACUCACAAUUGAAACACAUUUCGCAGGAAGUGUCCGCCUCGCUGCUCGGCGCAUGCGCAUCUCCAAGGAAGGUAGUGGGAAUUUGGCUGAGCGACGAGCUGUGGGUGUGAGGAUAGAAUAGGUCUAUUCCCUGCAGUAUAAUAGAUUUAUAGCGUUGCCUUUCUAUUUAGCGCCUGUUUUCGCCGCUAUUCGCCUGUCUGGGUUUGCGUUUAUCUACAAAGGGAUAUUGUUUGAGUUAAGAGGAGAGCCUGUGCCAUAUUUGCAGGUGCUACUGGAGCAUCUUUGGAUUUGGGGCUUUCAGACCAAGGAAUUGAAACCACUUUGGUGCUUUAUGGUUACAUCCUGUUCAGAUUGUGGCCCUUUAGCAGUUAAUGACAUACUGCUGAAGAGCUAAUCGAGCUUUGGAUUUCUUCAAUGAGGAACUAUAGGCUGAUCUUCUGCCACAAUCUUAAGCAGCCAUAAAUUACCAAAAAAGCUGUGCUUAUUGAGGCUAACUUUCAGUGGUAGAGUUUUACAACUAUUGCUUAUGGUCUUGAGUGGUGUAUAAAUACACAUCUCCGUGCACUUGCUGAGCUGUCUGAUGAUGCCGCACUAAGGAACCUCUCCACACGUGGAAGAACUGCGCAUUGGUCUACACAAAAGGCAGCUGUGAUUUCUGGCCUAAAAGAUAUGAGGAAAAGUUCUUAUCCUUCCUUGGAAAAUUGCAAUAUUAUUGCUAACAAGAUAUUUGGAAUUUCACUUGCUGAGCUACAACAGGAAGGGCAGCCAGAUCAUGAAGUCCCUUUCAUAGUUCGUCAUAUUGUGAACUAUAUAGAAGUACAUGGAGGCCUUGAGCAAGAAGGACUGUUCCAAGUAAAUGGAAACGCAGAGACCGUAGAAUGGCUCAGGCAAAGGUACGACAAUGGAGAAGAGGUGGACCUGGUCAAAGAAGCAGAUGUGCCAUCUGCUAUUAGUUUGCUUAGACAUUUUCUUCAAGAACUUCCACAACCCAUUAUUCUACAUAGCCUUCAUCAUCGCUUUAUGCAGCUCUCUCAAGAUUUCGAUAAUGAAAAUGAGUUUUCCAAGAAAUUGCAAUACCUGUUACAGCAGCUACCACCCAUUAAUUACAGCUUGCUCAAGUUUCUCUGCAGAUUUCUAGCUAACGUAGCAUCAAAUCAUGAAGAAAUGUGGCCAACAACUGCUUUGGCUGCUGUUUUUGGUCCAGAUCUUUUUCAUAUUUACUCUGAUGAUGAUAUGAAGGACCAAGAGAUAGUGACAAAAAUAAUGACCGGGCUUCUGGAAGGGUAUUGUGAUUAUUUUGAAACAGAAGAGGAAUUUUCUUCAAACAAUAUCAGUUCCAUUACUGAGCAGAAUAAUGAUUUGCAAAAGGAAGAACAUGCAGAGGUCACAUCUGAAGAAUGCUUUGAAGUAGAACCUAAUGUAACCAAGGUGGAUAUUUCUGAAGACCUUUUGGAAUUAAAUGAUGUAAUUGGGUCCACAAGGCAAGAUAUCUCCGUGGACAAUGCCAAUAUAGAAAGCGAUGAUACUGAAUACUCAGAGCCUCUGAUAAGCGGCUUCUCUGAACAUCAAGAUGCGGAAAGUAUAAGUGUCUUUUCUUAUCUGGGGCAGGAACAAACACAGGUGUCUGAUAUUUUACUGGAAAUAACUGAUGAGCAAACAAAUUAUGACGGUGUUAUGGAUAAAGACAUUUUUAGUGAGAGCCUGGAUAAACCUAUUGAUGACAGCUAUAGACCUCAUUCUCCAGCUAUGGAUUCCAGUAAUUGUGAUUACAAUGCAAACCUUGAAUUUGAGAUGUCACAAGCAAGUGUCUCUUCUAGAUGUGAAACUGUGAGCAUUCAUCAUCUAGAGCUAAGAAAUAUUUCCAGUGAUGAUCUAGAAGAACCAUUUCCUGACUUCAAAUCUUGGCAACAGGACUUGGAAUAUGGAGAAGCCCAACUCUCACCUCAGGCUGGAAGAAUAAAUAAUUAUGUUGAAGAAGACACCAAUCCGGUUCGAUCGCAUCGUUCAUUGGAUUUUGGACAGCGUCAGCGCUUUUUGCAUAACCCAGAGUCCAACUGCUCAUCUAUGACAUUUUAUUUUAGGACGAGAAAAGCUUCAUUCAGUUCCAAAGAUGACAAACGAGAAGACAAAACGCCAUAUCAGCUUGUUAAAAAGUUUCACAAGAAAAUUCGUCAGUAUGAAGAACAGUUUGAAAUUGAGAAAAACGACAAGCCAACAUAUAAUGAUAUUGCUGCCAAUCCAAAGGUUCUUAAGUGGAUGACAGACCUUACCAAACUGAAAAGACAAAUGAAAGAUACAAAGCACAAAAACCUGGAUGAAGAGUUUUUACCUCAAACACGUCCACGCAGCAACACACUUCCAAAAAGCUUUGGGUCAUCUCUUCAACGUGAAGAGGAGGAGGAUGGAACUAAAGCAGAGAAGAAGCCCAGUAAAGAAGCAACUGUUGAACUUAUUCUUAAAAGACUAGAAGAAAACAGAACUGAUAAAGGCCUUCCAGAGAAAAUUAAUAUGAAAAUGUCAAAAGACAACCUUGCAGAAGAAAAGACUUCUCUCCAGAAGAGUCUGCUUUAUUAUGAAAGUUUACAUGGCCGUCCGGUAACGAGAGAAGAAAGACAAAUUGUGAAACCACUGUAUGAUCGUUAUCGACUUGUGAAGCAGAUGCUGGCACGUGCAACUAUCACCCCGAUUCUUGGCUCACCAUCUUUAAAACGAAGAGCUCAGAUCCUGCCACCAAUUAUUGAAGGCGAAACAUCUCAUUUUUUUGAUGACAUAAAGCAGGAAGAAGAGGAUGAAAGUAGCAGCUUGUUUUCAGACAGCGGUGACAACACUUGUAUAAUGGAGCAGUCUUUGCAGAGGCAGGAUGAUGAAACUCCGUUAACUAAACAUCAAGUGAAACUGUCAAUAGAAAGUUUAUCAAGUUCUAGGACUACUUCUAUGACAGAAUUGAUUGAGCAGCUCUGGAAAACAAAGGCAGAAAAAAAGAAACUGCGUCAAUCUUUACGGGAGUUUGAAGAAGAAUUCCAUCGACAGAAUGGAAGGCAUGUGCAGAAAGAUGACCGAGCGCCAAUGUUCGAAGUAUACAGAGAGUACAAGAAAGUUAAAGCCAAACUGAGACUUCUGGAAGUUCUGAUCAGCAAGCAAGAUUAUGCAAAAUCUUAUUAACACCUGCUGUGUCCGAGGGAGAAGUAUGUUCCAUGAAGCUAUGUUAUUGGAACUUUUUAUUUCCCUGCCUUGCGGGGUUAAACUGAAGUGUAUGCACUUUUUAUAUUCCCACUCACAGAAUAUCAUUAACCGGAAUGAACACUUUGUAUGUAUUCCAUGAUACACAAACCUCUCUCUCGCACUUCUUUCUUUCUACUUUCUCUCUUAUGGUUUGUGCUCAGAAUGCAUUGUUUCCAAUGUUUACAUUUUUCCCUGUUUUGGAGAAAGCAUUAGCAGAAGGAUAUUGUUUCCUAAAGAAAACAUGGCACAGGGAUGCUUAGAAAUCCCUUACAUUGUGGAGCGUGCUAGAAUCAACAUUAGAGUGUUGUUUUAUCAGUAUUCUUGUUAUUCAACAACCAGACGCAGACAAAUCAGAUUCGGUUUGACUGAAAAUGCCAUUUAAUGAUUGCAGAAAUUCUGUGCUACCUGCCCAUGCUUUAAAUGGGAACUGUCUUGAAAACAAAAUUCUGAAUAUGAACUUCAUCUCGAGGAAAUAAGAAACGUUCUAAAUAUAAUCUUUUAGAGAUUCUGUUCCAUUUCUGAAAUAAUCAAGUAAUCAUUUCAGCCAUUUCUCUUCCUACAUCUUUCUGCUAAAAAACAUUUAAACGUUUAAGCUGGCCAUAGACGCAACAAUUUGAUCGUACGAAUCUUUAAUUCGUACGAUUUUCGGGCCGUGUGUGGAGUGCCCCGACAUUUU